AUGGCUUGCAAGGUCGCCGGAGCUGUGGUCCUCUUCGUUCUGCUCAUUGCGCAGUACUCAUCGAAAGCAGUUAGAUUUAUUUUCUGUAAAAAGGGUAAAUUAGUAAUUGAGCUGCUCCGUCUGUUCCGUUCCGCACGACAAGUUCGUCCCCGUCCCCACGCACGGACGAAUCCAAUCUCAAUCCCCUCGCAUAGCCGCCGCCGCCGCCACCCUCCUCUCGCUCCUGCCGCAGGGAUCCGGCCGGCCACCAGUACUGCAGGCCCUCCACCGCGGCGCGCCGAGUCGGCGGAAGCCUCCGCUUCCCAGGCGCCCCCUAACCUGCCGCCGACGACAGAGGAUCGAUCUCUCCACCGUACGCCGGAAACCAUACUGCCUCAGGCUGCGCAGUUCCCUCCUGUUUACUCGAGCGGUUUCCCCUCUGACGUCCAUCGCCCGUACUACCUCGCCGCAGGCGAGCUUCCCGCCGACUACAGGUAUGUGAAAAGUCAAGGUGACAAACAACUGUGGUAUAAGAAUGCUGCACAUUUGACAUCGGAUUGUGCACCUGAGACAGUUGCCAGUCACCGUCGUUUACCUCCAACUCACCGGCCAGCCGCCAUCAUCUACCUCCUGUCUUAUUGGAUCGCCGGACAGCCGCCAUCGGCUACCUCCCGCCUUGCCGGACAGCGCGGUCGUCUAACUUUGUCUCACCGGACAGCCACCGCUGUCUACCUCUGCCUCGUAGUUAAUUGUGUACUAGAAAUUCCUUCUGAGAACUUGUUAGGUUAUUCUAACUCUGCCAUGUAUCCAGGAUCUUGUUUACUGAAUAUGUACUUUUAUUUAGUGAUUUUCAUUUUCAUGGCACUUCCAUGA